AUGCUAGGAACCCUCACUGCCGUGCCCAUCACGGUACCUCAGGUUGGCACUCUGCACCGGCUUAUUGGACCAGGAGUCACAGUCCUGCCUCAGAUCAGGCCAAGGACCCAGAUCCCCAACAGCCUCCCCCACAGUCCCCCUCAGGGCCUGCGACCACAGAGCCUGCAUAGCGUUGCUGCUGUGGUUAGUCCCAAGAGCCAGGGCCCUCCCAAACCACCAACCUGCAAGAGCCCCUUCAGUCCGGACCACCAGCCCAAUGGUCAGAACGACCCGUGUGCUCCCAUUGGCCCAACAGGAGGCUCAGAUUCCAGCAGUGCCAUUCAACACACCUCUCCAGGGCAAGGCGUUGCCUAUGCCAUCAUCGCUGCCUCCCCUGCAGCAGGAAACAGGGUGUCUACUGUCAGCGAGGCCGUCAAGGUAAUAAUAAUUCAACCGCAGACCCCCAGCUGCACUGAGGGGUCUCCAGGGUCUGACCUCUCAUCAGAGGACACCAUGCCCACUAUUAAAGCUCCUUCCCAGAAGGAGGAUGACCCUGAGAAAGUGGCCUUCAUGGUGGCUCUGGGCCUCGUCACCACAGAACACCUGGAAGAGAUCCAGGUGAGGAGACAGGAGAGGAAGCGGAGGAGCACGGCCAACCCAACCUACAGCAGCUUUCUGGAGCCCGAGAGGAAACGGCUACCGUCGCACUACCUGAACAGCUCACUGUACCUGUCGACUCCAGACUCAGAGGAUUUAUGCUGGAAGGAGGUUUUGGAACACGACGAGCGCUGCUUCGUCUGUAGGGAGGAUGGAGAGCUGCAGCUCUGCUACAACUGCCCCCGAGCCAUCCAUCCCAGCUGCCUCCACCCACCUUUGAGAAGCACCCCCAGAAGCCCCUGGUACUGCCCCAAGUGUCAAAAGAAGGUUCUGAACAAGGAGAACUUGUCAUGGCCUCAGAACGUUGUUCAGUCCUACGUUACGCACAAGACAGUGAGGCAGGAGGAAAAAAGGCGGCUGAUGAAACGAAACAACGAGCUGAAGAAGGAGUGUGCUCACCUGGAAGAGCAGGACCAGAGGCUCAAUAAGACACUUAAAUUCUGCGUCGAUCAGCGUGAGCGGCUCCUGGGACAGCAAAGAGACACCCAGGCAUCCCUCGAUCGUCUCAAAGCACUCAUCACACUGAUCCAAGUCACCAUGACGACCCAGCCUUGGAUCAAAUCCACCAGCGCCAUGUCAGCCACACAGCUGACCCAGGAUGACAUCACAAACUAAAAGUGUUUCUGAUACCCAACACCUCCAGUGCUUAUGAGAUUUUUGAAGUUAUUUUCUAUUUAUUCUUUGCCUUAAUGUAUUUAUGAUAUAAUAAGGGUCCAGCGUUGCUACGGAAACAAGCAUUGAUGUAAUCCAGUAGAUGUUGGUUCUUUUCCUCUUGUGAACAAAGUUUCUGCCAAAUGA